AGCAUCUUCAUGGAAGACGUGGGGAUGCACCUAAUCUCAGCAUCGGCCUUCCUUUUCCUUCUCUUCUUGUUCAAAUUGCAGAGAAGCAACAAGAGGAAUUCCCCACCGAGCCCGCCUUCACUCCCUAUCAUCGGCCACCUCCUCCUUAUUAAUGAGCCAGUUCACCGGACCCUUCAGUCUCUCUCUAACCGCUAUGGCCCGGUCCUCUCCCUCUCCUUUGGCUCCCGCUCCGUGGUUGUCAUAUCCUCCCCAUCCGCGGCCGAGGAGUGCUUUACCAGGAAUGACAUUGUCCUCGCCAACCGCCCCUGCCUGCUCUGUGCCAAGAUUAUGUUCUAUGGUGGCACGACCAUCGGCUUUGCCCCUUACGGCCCCCAGUGGCGCAACCUCCGCCGCCUCACAGCACUCAAAAUCCUUUCCCCCCACGGCCUUGCCUGCUCCCUCACUGGCCGGCUGGAGGAAGUAAGGCUCCUCGUGAAGAGCCUUUAUGAGGUGGCCACGGCGGCGGCAGGGGGUGGCGGUUUCACGAGGGUGGAGAUGAGGUCGAGGCUGGAGGAGAUGUCCUUCAACAUCAUCAUGAGGAUGAUCUCUGGGAAGCGCUGUUUUGGGGCUACCGUCGAUGCAGGUGACACCGAGGUGGCCAGGCGGUUAGUGGAGUUGAUAAAGGAGACAUUCGAGCUGAGCGGGAUGGACCCGGUUGAUUUCUUGCCGGUGCUGAGGAGGGUAGUGGACUUCAAGGGGAGAGAACGGAGGAUGGUGGACGUGGCUAAGAGGUCCGAUGUGAUCUUGCAGGGCAUGAUAGAUGAGCUCCGGUCAAGAAGGAAGAGAAGCGACAGCGGCUGAGAGGUGGAGAGCAAGACGAUGAU